UAUGUAUGACGCAAGGUAGAUACAAUUGUAUAACUCAUCGAUCUAUGUUGAAAAUAGAUUUCAAAAGGGCAUAUAAAAUGGAACCAUCGUUUACGGACUCGGUAAUCAAUGAAACACUUCGCCUACAGUACCCAAAUACAAUGGAAGGACCGUUUACAAAUCCCGAUUAUGUGGCCCCAAAAUAUAAUAAACCACUCAAAGUCUUCCUGGAGGAGGAAAAAUGCAUUUUCUUAAAAAAGAUUAUUACAAACUGUGGUAUAAGAGUUGUUCGGCUUAAUUUGAACAGUCCAGGAGGAAUUAAUCAGCCAUUAGGCUGUGGCAUACUUUUUAGAAUGGGCAAAAAGGUAUACAUUCAAACUUGUGAACAUGUUGUUAAGGAUCUGAGUGUCUCGGAUAAAUUGGAUAAUAUUGUGGUUGACUUCGAGGACGAUCGACUGCCGACUGCCGACGCUAUUGAUCACUGUUGGGGUGGAUGUAAGAAACAGGACAGGGCUAUUCUUUUGUUGCAGACAUAUCCUGGUCGUCUACGGAAGAGUGAUGCGAUUCCCGAUAUUAAACCAUUCGUAGUAGAUAUAAAGGUUGGUGAAAUAAAUCUCCAUCAGCCAUUUAAAGGUUUGAUUGAAUACCAUAGCAGUCAACAUGGGUUUGUAGUUCAUGCUUUAAAACUACAAACUCCGCCAGGAUUGGAUGCUGAUACCACAGUUACCUGUAAAUUCCUUAUAGACAAUUCAUCAACCACUUGUUCUAUGCGAGAUGUGUGUUACUGUAGUGAAACAGGCUGUGCAAUAAUAUUUGUAGGAAAUGAUACAAUACCUACAAAGGCUCGGGAAAUGUUUAAAGACAGAAGCUGGUUGGAGGAUAUCAACAACCCACUUGUUUAUGUUAUAUCGUACCCCAACCCCGACAGUCGAUUAAAAUAUAUCAGUAUUGGUGGUCUGUAUGAAGGAGUAAGAGAUGAGAAUAGUCAUCUCAAUUAUAAUAAACGUACUGACAAGGUGUCGUUAGAAAUUGAAUAUAGUGGAAGAAGGGGCCCGCCCCAUAUACCUAGAAUCUAUUACACGGAUUUCAACGGUGACAUUCAUCCAUAUACAGAGGAUGAGAGAGGGGGUGUGAACAGUGAAGGGGGUAACAGUACUAAUCGCGUUAAGAAUAUUUUUCGGACAGAUUCUAAAGGUAAUAUGUUUUACCUUCAGAUGGAUUAUAGUACUCAGAGAUUGUACAAGAUUGACAAUAACGCGAUAUCAAAACAAAACGUUGUAUUUGCACACAAUGAUGCUGAAACUACUAACGGUUCUAGCGGUGGAUGUGUGCUAAUAAUAGGUCCAGAUAAGAGUCAACCAAAUAAAUACAAACACAUAAUAAAUAUGCAUUAUGGUAAAAGUAUCCAGGAUCCUAUAAAUAAAUCUUUAAUGUACGAUUAUUGUGGGGAAUAAAAGUGAACUUUUAAGGGAGUGUUCGGGAUUUCUGCUCAUUGGCGCCUGACUAUUUGUGGGGUUUGUUAACCUCGAGUACAGGUGCACGUGAAUGUUACAAAUGACGUGUGAAAUACCUGGUUAUUUUAACCGUGGGUUUUGUAAAACUGGCGUAUACAGAAACAUUAUGUGACAGAUGCUAAUUGUGAUAUAUUUCCUAUGUUUUUUUUAAAAUCUUUAAAAAGAAAUCUGUAAAGGCCAACAUUCAAAUUAUGACGUGUGAAUUGCAUGGUUAAUUUGAUAUAUUUUGAUAUAUUUAAAUGCUUCAAUAGAAAGCUGUGAUGAAUUUAAUUGACGACAUAUAUUUAAUACAUGACGAGAUAUUAUAACAAAAGACAAAAUGUCGCCAUAUUUAUUUAUAAUUUUUACGUUUCUAUGUGAACAAUGUAGAGUAUAUUAUUAUUAGUCAGAAUUAUUUUUAUGUGAUUCUAAAAUUUGUCCUUUUGUAAUUCCAUGUGUCAUCACAUCAUAUCCUGUAUAGAUUAACAUCUCGGAUAUAUAUUUUAUUAAACCAGUUUUAAAACAUUAAUAUAUAUUUUUUAUAUUAUAUUUUAUUCAAUAAGAAUAGGAUUGGGGAACAGGCCAGACCUAUCUCACCCAUCUCCCUUCAACAAAAUAAUAUAAUUACAGUUUGUUUACUUAAACAUAUGUAUAUAGUCGAAACUAUUCGUAUUGUGUUAUUAAUUAAUACAAUUCUGAAAGUAUACAAUAUUAUGUUUUUUCAAAUAAAAAGAUUAUUUGAUACACAUAUUGUUUGAUGUUGGCUUUUAUAAGGCCUGAAAGUGUACUAACAUGUGACAGCGUAAACAACAGAUGGUAAUGAUAAUAGACGAUUAAUCUAUUAUUUAAUAAUUUCUACACCUCAGAAAAUAUUAAAUUAUUUUGUUCAACGGAAGUUUCCGUAGAGCCUUACAAUAGAACUUUUGUUGGUAAUGUUUUUUUAUGGUUGUAUUUGAUAAAUAGAUACAUAAAUUGAUGAUAAUAAUCAGAUAAAAUAGAUAAAUCUGGUCAGGUACGUAGAUUAUAGAGCAAUGUAAUAUUAUAUUUAUCUAAUAAAACGAGAUAACAAAGAACAUAAUAAAUAUAUAAAUAAAUAAGAUAACAAUUACUUACUCAUGUUCACCUUCCUUGCAUACCAUUGGAUAGUUUGUAUAUUUAUCUAUUUGUGUAUAUAUGCUGGAUAACGACUUGUGAAAUCUUGUUGAAACGUCACAGUGAAAUAAACCAUAGUAAUUGUUAUUCCAUGAAAAUGUACUAUUUGAUUCAGAUUUAUCUAUUAUCCAUUUUAUCGUUAAAUUUUCUAAAUGCAUUUAAAUCUCUGUCAUUCGAGAGUUGAUUAUGGGUUUAUCCUGUGUAUAAAUUAAAGUCUUAAUAAUGUGUAACAUUAGAGGGACAAAAUAAAAUUCCGCAAUAGGCAGAUUUAGCUCUUACAUACAUAAAUCUUUCAGUAUUACACGUUAAGAA